UUUCUCCAGGCACCUCACACGUAAAUCACGAGUGGAAGGCAGGCUUGGUGCCCCCUGCGUCGGGAAGCUGCUGCCCCCUCCCUUGCUCGCACAGGGUUUUGCAGCAGUGGUGGCAGCCGCCACUGAUUCCGGUUCUGGGGAAGCAAUUGAUUCGUCUACUGCCAGCAGCCGGGAGUUGCCUACGCAGACGACAGAGAGAAAGAGAAAGAGAGACAGAAAGGCAGAGAGGAGAGAAAGUGAGAGAUUGAGAGAAAGAGACUGGGAGAGAGAGAGUGGGAGAGAGAUUCACAGAGCAAAAAUGUGCAGAGCAGUCUGAGGGAGCCACUGUCUUUGCCUUGUCCAUUGAUUUGUCUGUUUUCUCCUCUUCUGGCAGUGGCACCUCUGCUGAGCUUUCAAACCAAGUCAUCCGGAGUUAGCGUAUUCCCACCCAGCAGGGAAGAGAGGAGUUGGCAAGAAUUUGGCUCACCCAUUCCCCUUGCAUUCCUCUGGUGUUGUGGAGCACCGGACGUCUGCCAUGACUGACACCGUGUUCAGCAACAGCUCCAAUCGUUGGGUGUGUCCCAGUGACCGACCCCUUCAGUCAAAUGACAAAGAACAGCUUCAGACGGGAUGGUCUGUCCAUCCCAGUGGUCAGCCCGACCGACAGAGGAAGCAGGAAGAGCUGACCGAUGAGGAGAAGGAAAUCAUCAACAGGGUGAUUGCUCGUGCCGAGAAGAUGGAAGAGAUGGAGCAGGAGCGAAUCGGGCGCCUGGUGGACCGUCUGGAGAACAUGAGGAAGAACGUGGCUGGGGACGGGGUGAACCGCUGCAUACUGUGCGGAGAACAGCUGGGGAUGCUGGGCUCUGCCUGUGUGGUGUGUGAGGACUGUAAGAAGAACAUCUGCACCAAGUGUGGAGUGGAGACCUCCAACAACCGUCCGCGUUCUGUGUGGCUCUGCAAAAUCUGCAUCGAGCAGAGAGAGUUGUGGAAGCGUUCCGGAGCAUGGUUCUUCAAGGGCUUCCCCAAACAAGUCCUCCCACAGCCUAUGCCCAUAAAGAAGACCAAGUCCCAGCAGCCUGGCAGUGAGCCCGCUGCCCCCGAGCAGCCCGCCCCUGAGCCCAAGCACGCUGCCCGGGCUCCAGCUCGAGGCCCUGACCUGGCCUCAGCUCCUGGGCGAGGAAGCUAUGGGCCUCCUGUGCGCAGGGCCUCUGAGGCACGAAUGAGUUCAUCUAGCCGGGACUCAGAGAGCUGGGACCACAGCCACGGUGGGACCAGCAGUGAACCCAGCCGGAGCCCAGCAGGUUUGAGACGGGCUAACUCGGUCCAGGCCUCUAAACCUGCUCCGGCCUCGACGCAGAGCCCAGCACCUCCUCAGCCUGGACAGCCAGGGCCCCCAGGAGGCAGCAGACCCAGUUCCGGGCCAGCCGGACGAUUUCCAGAUCAGAGACCAGAGGUGGCUCCUGGCGACCCUGGCUAUACAGGGGCCACCGCCCCACCCCAGGAGGAGAGAACAGGGGGCGUUGGGGGCUACUCGGCAGCCGGAGCGAGGGAGGACCGUGCGGGCCACCCUCCGGGCCCCUACUCCCAAGCGUCUGCUGCUGCCCCCCAGCCGGCCGCGGCCCCUGCCCGCCAGCCCCCACCCCAGGAGGAGGAGGAGGAGGAAGCCAACAGCUACGAUUCAGAUGAAGCAACCACCCUGGGUGCCCUGGAGUUCAGCCUUCUCUAUGACCAGGACAACAGCUCCCUGCACUGCACCAUCAUAAAGGCCAAGGGACUGAAGCCCAUGGAUUCCAAUGGCUUGGCCGAUCCCUACGUUAAGCUGCACCUCCUGCCGGGAGCCAGCAAGUCCAACAAGCUUCGUACAAAAACCCUGCGGAACACCCGAAACCCCAUCUGGAACGAGACUCUGGUGUAUCAUGGCAUCACGGACGAGGACAUGCAGAGGAAGACCCUCAGGAUCUCUGUCUGUGAUGAGGACAAAUUUGGCCAUAACGAGUUUAUCGGAGAGACCAGAUUCUCCCUCAAGAAACUGAAGCCAAACCAGAGGAAGAACUUCAAUAUCUGUCUGGAGCGGGUGAUCCCGAUGAAGCGUGCGGGGACCACCGGAACAGCCCGAGGCAUGGCCCUUUAUGAGGAGGAGCAGGUGGAGCGUAUUGGUGACAUAGAGGAACGCGGCAAGAUCCUGGUGUCCCUCAUGUACAGCACACAGCAGGGAGGCCUCAUUGUGGGCAUCAUACGCUGUGUGCACCUGGCGGCCAUGGACGCCAAUGGCUACUCAGAUCCAUUCGUCAAGCUCUGGCUGAAACCAGACAUGGGAAAGAAAGCCAAACAUAAGACUCAAAUUAAGAAGAAAACCUUGAAUCCUGAAUUUAAUGAGGAGUUUUUCUAUGACAUCAAACAUAGUGACCUGGCGAAGAAGUCACUGGACAUCUCAGUCUGGGACUAUGACAUCGGCAAGUCCAAUGAUUACAUCGGAGGCUGCCAGCUGGGCAUCUCAGCCAAGGGAGAGCGCUUAAAACACUGGUACGAGUGUCUGAAAAACAAAGACAAGAAGAUCGAACGCUGGCACCAGCUACAGAAUGAGAACCACGUGUCGAGUGAUUAGGAUGGAGCCCAGGCCCCCAGCCCCAUGCCCCAUCCCCCCAGCCUACCCCAGCUGCCCUUGCGCUCUGGUCUCGUCUCUACACCUCCCACACCCCAUCCCUCCCAGAGCCUGCCUUUGAGGUCUGCCCCACACCUUGGACGUUGCCACCCAAAGCCUCCCCUUUCUGUGAUGCUGCGAUGCAGCCCCUCUCUGAUCCCUCAGGGUUGGAGCCACAGGGAUCAAGAUGGAGAGAUUUUCACAAGAAGGUUGUUAAUUUAACAACUACUCAGCCUGGGUAAAUUACAAAGGUUCUUCAUCAUUUGGGACUGUUUUUAGACCCUCCUUGUCCUUGGACUCACACUCACACACACAUACACGCACACACACAAAAUUUGUGUUUCCUACAUCUCAUCUGCCUGUAUCCUCAGUUGUCAGCAGAACUAGACAAGGCUGUGAGGCUGAGCAUUGGGGCAGACAUGGGGCAGACAUAGAGCAUCCAGGCUCCCGUCCAGGUACCCACCUCUUCCACAUCAGACACCCUAAUUGCCAUGAAAACAGACCCCCGUGUUUAAAACCUGCCCCCAUGACUAGGAACCCAGCUUCCCAGCUACAGAUGCAUCAGGAAAUGACCAUGCAGAAUACCCAAAGGGGCUUACUUAGUAGUCCCCCUCUUUCAGGAUGUCCUCUAUUUGCUUCCUAGCAGAAGACAGCUCCCAUCCUCCACCAGCCCUCCUUCACUCUCCUCCUCCUCCUCCCCGUUCCCGGUCCCUGCCCCUGCACCACACUGAACUCGCCCUCUUUUCCCCCACUUCUCUGCUCUCCUCUCACCUCUCUCCCCUUCUCUUUUCUCCCUCCCUAAGGAGAUAAAAUAGCAAAAGCAAAAAAGUGUAUCUUAACGCAGCCUCACCUUCUCGCCUCCCCUCACCAGCCUAACCAGCAAACUCCGAGGAACUAACAGAACCCGAACUCCCACAUGGGUCCGCGCUUCUGUAACCACACACCUUUCCUGUUGGCAGAGCUGGUGUCCUCACGGGCCUCAGGCUGGCUGCUGGCACUGCCCCAGGUGCACGACAGCAUCCUGCAAGCUGUGUAGACGCCCCAGAGAGGGGCUUUCUCAGCCCCUGGCCUCCCCACGUGGGUGCACAAGGUGUUUAAACCAGAGUUCUGGGUUGCAGGGGGCCUCCCCAAAGCCCCCAGCCUUUCUCUUUCCUUUGCUCUGAGUUAAAUGAAUCAAUGACACCCCUUGCCCCUGAAACUCUCUCUCUCUCUCUCUCUCUCUCUCUCUCUCCUUCUCUUGCACCGACUUCAUUGUGUUGGGAGUAUAGAUCCCCAUCAUGGAUCUCAAACUUUACAGAGUGACAGAUCCUGACACCAAAGGCUUUGUCCCAUCAUGGAUUCUUCAGUCUUUCUUCCAAAAUAAAAAAUGUUUUAAAGGAGGAAAAGGCAACGGGGACAAAUGUUGUAAGUUUAGGGGUCCGACAGUCUUCAGUGCCCUGUGAGAAUGGCUUGAUUUCUCUGGAUUUCCAGGAAGUCUUACCCCAUGAAAAUCACCUCCCUCUGUCCAACACCCCGUCAUUAGCUACAGAAGCCGUCAGACAGACACUGAAACUCACUUUCUCCAGCCACACACCUUGUAACCUUCCAUUUCAGUGCCCUCCACCCCUAGCUCCCUUGACAAGUCAUGGGAAGUCACUGAUUUCUCGCCUUGAAUAACCAUUUUCUAGACACAGAGUACUUAGUAUUUCCACCUUCUCCGAGAUGGCCAGUGGCUUCCUGGCUGCCAUCUUCCCUACUGACCCUCUCUCUCCCCAGUGGCCCCCUUGGUGCCCACUCUCAGCCCACCUCCUUUUCAUGGUUGCCUGUAGGAGAAAGCAUGCUGGCUGUGUCGCCCAGGCCUAGCGCUGGUAUCGGUGCUGGAAUCAGCAUGCAGCUAGCUCACGGUGCCCCCGGUCCGGGCACACGGUCUCCCAGGCACGUGUCAGCACCUCCCUGCCCUCUGGUGCAUGCAGAACCACCCAUCACCAUUCUUUGUGAUGAUGUAGGCAACAAUAAAGUAGCAAUAUCC